AAAGCCUGUUAGGAGAAACUCCCCCCCUUUCAGCACCCUGGACAGAGGCAGCGUCGCUUCUUUUGACUAGAGCGGAGCUGGAGGCUGGCAAUUCCGGUCAACUGACGCGCCUCACGGCCACCCGCCCCUCAGCUCAGGCGCAUCAUUCACACACCCAAGUGUAUUUAUGAACGCUCAAAACUCCUGUGUUUGGUGCCCAGCGGAACCAGUGGAAGUCAUUUUUGAAAGCUUUUUUCCUCUGCGAUUGAAAGGACUUUAACAAACCUUCUGAAGAUAUUUUUUCGUUUACUUUUUCCCCUUCAAGUAACAGUUCCUUUCUUUCGGAGCAUCUUCAAAAUGUUGCUAGAACAUCCGGGCUCAAGUUGCCAAAACAGUGGAAACUUUCCCCGGUACAGUUCAGGACAAGAAAUCCCCGUGUGCGCGGGCUGCAACCAACACAUCGUCGACCGCUUCAUCCUCAAAGUGCUGGACCGACACUGGCACGGCAAGUGCCUGAAGUGCAGCGACUGCCAGGCGCAGCUGGCGGAGAAGUGCUUCAGCAGGGGCGACAGCGUCUACUGCAAAGACGAUUUCUUCAAGAGAUUCGGGACCAAGUGUGCAGCGUGUCAGCAGGGGAUCCCGCCCACACAGGUGGUGAGGAGAGCGCAGGACUUUGUCUACCACCUGCAUUGUUUUGCCUGCAUCGUGUGCAAAAGGCAGCUGGCCACAGGGGACGAGUACUACCUGAUGGAGGACAGCCGGUUGGUCUGCAAGACCGACUAUGAGACCGCAAAACAGAGAGAGGCAGACUCGACUGCAAAAAGGCCGCGAACAACCAUCACUGCUAAACAACUGGAGACAUUGAAAAACGCUUACAAUAAUUCCCCCAAGCCGGCCCGCCACGUCCGAGAGCAACUGUCGUCAGAAACAGGCCUGGAUAUGCGGGUGGUUCAGGUUUGGUUCCAGAACAGGCGAGCUAAAGAGAAAAGGCUGAAAAAGGAUGCAGGGAGGCAGCGAUGGGGACAGUACUUCCGCAACAUGAAGAGGUCGCGAGGAAGCUCCAAGUCCGACAAAGACAGCAUCCAGGAGGAGGGCAUGGACAGUGACGCGGAGGUGUCCUUCACAGAUGAACCUCCUGUUUCAGAGCUUGGCAAUGCCAAUGGCAUUUACAGCAGUCUGAGCGAAUCGUCUCCAACGAUUGGGGGCCGCCAAGGGGGUAACAACCACAACUCCUUUCCAUUGGAGCACGCCGGGCUCCCCUCUCAAGACCAGUUCCAUGACAUUCGCUCCAACAGCCCCUAUGGGCUCCCUCAGUCUCCGAGCUCCCUGCAGGCACUACCCCGACACCAGCCCAUCAUUUCCAGCCUAGUCUACCCGGACUCUGGCCUUUCCAUCAUGACCCAGGGCGCUGGGCCUGGUAUCAACCCCACCGUCCGGGUUUCCAUGGGAGCAGCCAACGGCCCCAGUUCCGACCUCUCCACCGGCAGCAGUGGGGGUUAUCCAGAUUUUCCUGCCAGUCCUGCGUCCUGGUUAGAUGAAGUUGAUCAUGGCCAGUUUUGAUCAGAAACAUGACUCUUUUCAUUUAGCUUAUAUGCUGGAGGCGGAAAAAUGAUGUCAUUAGACCUUAACAGUCGCAAACUGAAACACCCAGUCAUUUUUUUUUUUGUGAUCUAAAUGGAGGAAAUAAAGAAAAUGCCCCUCAUUCAAAGCACUUGAAUUAAUCAUUGUUGUUUUAUUGUAUGCAACAUAAGCAAAAAUAAAUAAAAUCUAAAUUUUAGAACCACUAUAAGCUCUUUUAGAACAAACUGAGUUCUUUGCGUUAUUUUUUUUUUAUUGCUCUUAGUUAACUGUUCAAGUGAAGAACUUGAGUCAACAUUGGGUCUUUACAUGUCCGGUUGUUGCCAAAUGUCAAUAUAUAAAUAUAUAUUAAUGGUUUAUCAUCACAUAGACUUUAUUUUUAUAUACCCCCACCCCCCUUUCCUCCUUGAAUGUGACUGAAAACCUAGAAUUUUGUUCAUUCUUAAACACGGAAUUAGGCAGAAGUCUAGAUGUUGUCUUAAAUGGUGCCUAGGUGUCCAAUUACUUCUAUGCAUUUGUCUGUUGCAGAUGUUUCUUGUUCGUUUCGUUCCACCAGAAACAACCCCAAGGAUGAACUGUAACUGCUGAGGGGGGGGCGCUCUGAUGUAUAUGUUUGUUUAUGUGGAAAAAAUGUUUUAUGUAUUAUUUAUUCUCUCUGGUAAUGUUGGUAAUUCAUAAGUGAAUUGCAGGAUUUUAAUAAAUUUGUCACCUAAUUCAACAGGAA